AUGGAGAGCGUCAGCCUCCAGCGACCCGCCUGGAAAUGGCAAGUACUGAGUUUGUUUUCGCUCUGGGGCUGGGUCUCUGGGCAGAUCCGCUACUCGGUGGUUGAGGAGUCAGAGGUGGGAACCGUGGUGGGGAACGUGGCCCGGGACCUGGGCUUGAAGGUGGAGGAGCUGCCGGGUCGCAGGCUGCGCCUGGGCUCAGAGGAGAGCCUGCGCCACUUCGCUGUGCGCCUGGACAGUGGUGCACUGGUGGUGAGCCAGCAGCUGGACCGGGAGCGUCUGUGCGGAGCGGCUGCCAGCUGCGUGCUGUCGGUGCAGGUGGUGACAGAGAACCCCCUGCAGCUCUUCCGCCUGGAAGUGGAGAUCCUGGACCUAAAUGACAACUCACCGAGUUUCCCCACUGCUCAUCGCACCCUGCGCGUCGCUGAGUCUGCCACAGUGGCCAUGCGCUUCCCCCUGGAGAGUGCGCAGGACCCCGAUGUGGGCUCCAAUGCUGUGGGCUCUUACCGGCUGAGCCCCAACUCCCACUUCUCCCUGGACGUCAAGCAGCAGCAGGAUGGCAAACUCUUCCCGGAGCUGGUGCUGGAGCGUGCCCUGGACCGGGAAGAGCAGCCAGAACUGCAGCUGGUGCUGACGGCCGUGGACGGGGGAAGCCCAGCCCGCUCGGGCACAGCGCAGAUAACGGUCCUGGUCCUGGAUGUCAAUGACAACGCGCCCACCUUUGACCGUGCCACAUACAAGGUGCAAGUCCCGGAAAACACGCCCAUGGGGGCCCUGCUCCUCCAGCUCAACGCAUCUGACCCUGAUGAGGGCCCCAACGGGGAGACGCAGUACUCCUUCGGGGUUCACACCUCUGACUCGGUCCGGAAGCUCUUCACCCUGGAUCCCCGCAGCGGCGAGGUCCGGGUGAGUGGGGCCCUGGACUUUGAGGAAUCACCUUUCUAUGAGAUCUACGUGCGAGCCCAUGAUGGUGGGGUCCCGGAGAUGGAGGGCCACUGCGUACUGCAGGUGGAAGUGGAGGACGCCAAUGACAACCCCCCAGAAGUGCUGCUCACUUCCCUGCUGAACCCGGUGCCGGAAGACACCCCACCAGAGACCGUUGUGGGGCUCUUCAAUGUACGGGACCGAGACUCAGGGGCCAAUGGGGAUGUGAGCUUAGAGAUCUCCCCCGAUGUGCCUUUCACCAUCAGGUCCCUUCAGAACCACUUCUCUCUGGUCACCCGGGAGACCCUGGACCGAGAGUCCACCUCACAGUACGUAGUGGAGCUGAUCGCCCAGGAUGGGGGGUCUCCUGCCCUCACCACAACGCUCACGCUGCUCCUCAACAUAUCUGAUGUGAAUGACAACCCCCCCCGCUUCUUGCAGCCCUUCUAUGAUGCCUUUCUCCCAGAGAACAACCCACCUGGCUCCCUACUGUGCACUGUCUCUGCCUCAGACCCCGAUGACGGGGAUAAUUCCCGUCUCGUUUACUCCAUAGAGAGCAGCCAAGUGCAGGGUGCUCCCACCUCUUCCUUCAUUCACAUCAACCCUGACAAUGGCAACCUUUAUGCUCAGCGCACCUUUGACUUCGAGCUGCUGCAGGUUCUGCCGGUCUCUGUGGCUGUGCGGGACUCCGGGUCCCCCCCACUCCACACCAACGUUACUGUCUACAUUUUUGUGUUGGACCAGAAUGACCACCCCCCCACCAUCCUGCACCCUGCCAGUGACAGCGACAUCCCGGCACCCCACAGGGUCCCGCUGUCUGCCCCACCGGGCUACCUGGUCACCAAGGUGACAGCAGUGGACGCGGAUGCCGGGCACAAUGCUUGGCUCUCAUACCGACUGCUGCCGCAGUCCACCGAUCCCUCCUUGUUCCACGUGUCGCUGUACACCGGGGAGGUGCGGACGGCGCGUGCCCUCCAGGAUACUGAUGUGGCAGCGCAGCAGCUCAUUGUCCAGGUGAUGGACAACGGCGACCCACCGCUCUCCACCACUGUCACCAUCACCGUGGCCCUGGAGGAGGCGUCCCUGGAGGAGAGCUACAAGACUCGGGAUUUCCUGGCUGGUGCCAAGGAGAAGCCGGACCUGACCCUCUACCUGAUCAUCGCGCUGGCAGCCGUUAGCACCGUGGCACUUGCCACCGUCACCCUCCUGGCCGCCCGGUGCCUCCGGCGCAGAGGCCGUGCCGCCGCCUCGCCCUGCUGCUGCUGCUGGCUCAGCGAGUCGCCCUCCCGGGACUUCUUCAAGCACUCCAGCCCCAAGCUCCAGCUCAGCUCCGACGGCACCCUUAAGUACAUGGAGGUCACCCUGCGACCCACCGACUCCCAGUCCCAGUGCUACAGCACCUGCUUCUCCCCCGGCUCCGACCGGAGCGACUUCACCUUCCUGCGCUCCUCUGCUCAGAUCCGGUACAGCAUCCCGGAGGAGCUCACCCGGGGCGCCUUCGUGGGCAAUAUCGCGAAGGACCUGGGCACCGAUGUGGCGAAACUGGCGGCAGCUAAUCUGCAGGUACUGUCCGAUUCGGAUUCCCAGUACUUCUCGGUCAAUGUGAACACUGGCGUUAUAAUGGUCAGCGAACGGAUAGACCGGGAGCAGCUCUGCGGGCAGAACCCCCGCUGCUUCCUCCACCUGAAACUUGCCAUCGAGAACCCAGUGGAGUUUUACCGCAUUGAGGUGGAGAUCCUGGAUAUCAAUGACAACCCCCCGGAGUUCCCCAGUGACGAGGUUUCCUUGCGCAUCUACGAGCUGGCGUCCCUGGGUGCCCGCUUCCCCAUCCAGCCCGCCCAGGACCCCGACGUGGGCACCAACACCUUGCAGAUCUAUCACCUGAGUGCCAAUGAGAACUUCAACCUCAACGUCAAGGCACGCACAGAUGGUGGGAAGUUCCCUGAGCUGGUGCUGGAGAGGGCCCUGGACCGGGAACUCAGAGCUUUCCACCACCUGGUCCUGACUGCCGAAGAUGGGGGCUCUCCCCCCAAGUCCAGCAAGACACGCAUCACUAUUCAGGUUCUGGAUGCCAAUGACAACCACCCGGUCUUUGACAGACCAUCGUACGGAGCCCGCUUGGUGGAGAACUCACCACUGGGUACCCUCGUGGUGAAGUUAAAUGCCACCGAUGUGGACGAAGGGCCCAACGGAGACAUCCGCUACUCCCUCAGCAGCCACAACUCAGCUGCCUUACGCCAGAUCUUUGCCAUCGAUGAGCAAAGUGGGGAGAUUCGCGUCCAGGGCAACCUGGACUUCGAGGAGGCGACAGUGUAUGAGAUCGAAGUGGAGGCCAAGGACAUGGGGUCACCCACAAUGGAGGAGCACUGCAGCGUGGUGGUGGAAAUCACUGAUGUGAACGACAAUGCCCCUGAGGUCAUUCUUACCUCCUUCUCCAGCUCCCUGAGCGAGGAUGCACCCCCGGGCACAGUGGUGGCCGUAAUACAUGUCAGAGACAGGGACUCGGGUGAGCAGGGCAAGGUCCAGUGUCACGUGUCUCCAGAUCUUCCCUUCCGGCUGCGUAAGGACUACGAGCACCAGUACUCGCUGCUAACCAGCACCCGUUUGGACCGGGAGCAUGUUGCUUACUACAAUGUCACCGUCUCUGCUUCAGACCUGGGCAGUCCCCCACUCUCCCGACAUACCAUCUUGCCAAUUGCCCUGGCAGAUGUCAACGACAACGCACCCCAAUUUGAGCAAGCGUCCUACGAAGUGCUGGUGGCAGAAAACAACCCGGUGGGCAGCUUGCUGGUUACAGUCUCUGCUGCCGACCCUGACUCAGAGCAGAAUUCCCGCCUUUCCUACUCCAUCCUGCAAGCUGGUGGGACAGAUCCAGGCCUGGAUCCGACUCGCUACCUCUCCAUACAUCCCACGAGUGGGCAGGUCUCUGCCAAACUCCCCUUUGACUAUGAGCAAACCACCUAUCUCCAAUUCCAUGUGGAGGUCUCUGAUGGUGGCUCCCCGGCCCUGAGGAACAGGACGCUGGUUCAUGUUUUUAUAGUGGACCAGAACGACAAUGCCCCGCAGGUGCAUUUCCCCAGGGCCGGGGAGGACUCCGCUACCCAAUUCCGAAUCUCCCCCUCCACUGCCCCUCCUGCUCUUAUCACCAAGGUGGUGGCCAUAGAUGCGGACUCGGGGCGCAAUGCCUGGCUCUCCUACCACCUCGUGGAAGCCACAGACCCGGGGCUUUUCAGCGUGGCCCUGCGCUCUGGGGAGAUCCGGAUCACACGGGCCCUGCAGGAGACAGAUGCUUCUGCGCACGAACUGCUGGUUGUGGUCCGGGACGCCGGGGACCCUCCACUCUCCACAGGCAUCACGCUGGUGGUGCUGGUGGAGGAGAAGGGCCCAGAGGCUUUGCAGGGCUCCGAGGCUCGGGCCACCGACGGUGGGGGCUUACCCACGAUUACGCUUUAUCUGAUCGUGUCCCUAGUGCUCAUCUCCACUGUCUCGCUGGUGGGACUGGCAGCGCUGGGCGUGCGGUGCCUCCGGCGGGGCUCUGCGCCUGCCAACCAGGGCUGCUGCGUGGAGAGCGUGAACACGCUUCAGCCCCCUCCCAGCCACAUUUUUGGGCACUUGCACUAUGAGCCUAAGCAAGGGGACACGGUGAUGGGCGUCCAGGUGACGGCCACGGCACCCCCAGCCCCGCGUUACCGCUCCUGCUUUUCGCCGGUCUCGGACAUCAGCGAGUUCAUGUUUGUGAAACCCUCCGCGGGUCCAGCCGGUGCCAACCCGCCGGAUCCCACCCUGUGCAGCGAGCUCCCGCUGCUGCUCGCAGCCCUCUCCUGCCUGCCGGCUCCCAGCAGCGCCCAGCUCCACUAUUCCGUGCCCGAGAACCGCGAGCCGGGCUCCUCGGUGGGCGACCUGGCCAAGGACCUGGGGGUGGACUUGCGGAGCCUGGCCGCCCGCAACCUGCGCCUGGUGAGCGAGGGUGGGCAGCGGCACUUCCAGGUGGACCUGGCGGCAGGUGUGCUGCUCCUCGACAGCAGGCUGGACCGGGAGGCACUGUGCGGGCAGAGCCCCACGUGCUCCCUGCACCUCCAACUCGUUAUGGAGAAUCCCCUCCAGCUCCAUCGCGUCGAGGUGGACGUCCUCGACGUCAACGACAACGCGCCUCAGUUCCCCAAGCCAGAGGUGGUCUUGGAGAUCACUGAGGUAGCCAACCCUGGGACUCGGCUACCCCUGGAAGUAGCAGAAGACCCGGAUAUGGGCUCCAACUCCAUCUCCACCUAUGAGCUCAGCCCCAGUGAGCAUUUCGCCCUGAGUAUCAACGUGAGAGGAGAUGGUGUUAAAAUGCCUGAGAUCGUACUUGAAAAACCACUGGAUAGAGAGAAAGUGGCUGUUCAUCACCUAACACUGACAGCCCUCGAUGGAGGGAAUCCGGUGAAAUCUGGCACUGCCAAGGUUACCAUCCAUGUCCUGGAUGCAAAUGACAACCCUCCUGUCUGCGACCCACCCAUAUCCAAGGUACAUCUGGAGGAGAACGUGCCAGUGGGCACUCUGGUCACCAAGUUAAAUGUCACCGACCUGGAUGAAGGUCCCAACGGGGACGUGGAAUAUUCUUUCAAAAUUAGCAAUAACGCACCUGGUAAAUUCACCAAGCUGUUCUCCUUAGAUCCCCGGACAGGGGAGAUCAGAACUAAAGCCCCGCUGGAUUAUGAGGAAUCCAGUGCUUACGAGAUUGCGGUUCGAGCCAGGGACAAGGGAUCCCCAGCCAUGGAAGGGCACUGUCACCUGCGAGUGGAAUUAAUCGAUAUAAACGAUAACAGUCCAGAGAUCGUGCUGACCUCUCUCUCCAGCCCAGUGCAGGAGGACGCAACCCCAGGAACUGUGAUUGCCCUCAUUGGUGUGAAGGACAGCGAUUCUGGUGACAAUGGGCAGGUCCGCCUGCAGAUAGCGAAAGAACUCCCAUUUAAACUGGUGUCGUCUUUUAAAGAGCAUUUCUCACUGGUCACAGAUGGUCCCCUUGAUCGUGAGAAGGCCAGUGGAUACAACAUCACAGUGAGGGCUGUGGAUUCAGGGUCCCCACAGAGGGCCACGCAAAAAACCUUUUAUCUCCGAAUUGCUGACGUGAAUGAUAAUGCACCGAAUUUCUCCAGCCCUUUUGAUACAGCUCACGUUCAGGAAAACUCCCUUCCUGGAACUUCUGUCUUUUCAGUGUCAGCAUCUGAUCCUGAUGAGGGUAGCAACGCCAAGCUGUCUUACUCCAUCCUGGACAAUGGGAUGCAGGAUGUACCCAUCUCAACCUACUUCCGGAUAGACCAGGACAACGGCACCAUCUACACUGUGCGGGCUCUGGACUACGAGCAGGACAAGGUGUUCCAGGUGCCUGUGGAGGUGAAGGAUGCUGGGUCUCCUGUGCUGAGUAGCACUGCUGUGGUCCAUGUGUUCAUCCUGGAUGAGAACGACAAUGCCCCAACCAUUGUCUACCCAUCCGUCCCCAAGGGCUCUGCCUUCCAUCAAACCAUUCCGGCCUUGGCAGAACCUGGCUAUCUGGUCACCAAAAUUGUAGCUGUUGAUGCUGAUAGUGGUCAUAAUGCCUGGCUGUCCUACCAGCUGCAGGAGACCGCUGAGGCUUUGCCUUUCCAAGUGGAACGCCGCUCUGGAGAGAUAAGGGUUGCACAGGCUCUCAGGGAGUCAGAAGAUCCCCACAGGCUGGUGGUCGAAGUGAGGGACAAUGGGACACCGUCCCUCUCGGCCUCUGUGGUAAUAGUCAUUUCUCCAGAGGAAAACAGUGUGCAGGACUUCGCCAAGUCCUUGGAGCUCCCCAAAUCUUCUCCCAAGGAUACCAACCUAACGCUUUACCUCAUCAUCUCCUUGGUGUCCAUUUCCCUUGUGUCCUUUGUGAUGUUUGCUGUGGUGGCUGCCCGGUGUCUCAAAGCUGGCGCUGCCAGCUGGACCUUUGCGGAUUGCUGUCGAGGGACUGGCCGCAAGCCCGCCUCCCAUUUCCAUGGGCAGAUGAAGCCAGAUGGCUUCAUCAAGUACCUGGAUGUGGGAGGAGCGGGCUUGACCUCCCAGGCACAGAAUUACACCUCUUGUUUCUCGCCCAUGUCUGACCAGAGCGAUUUCCUCUUUGUAAAACCUUUCAGCCAUUCUAGCACUGCGGAGACCGUGGCUGCCUAUGAGCAGGUGACCAGCACCUUAGCGAGUCCCUGCGAUGGGUGUUACUACUUACUGAUUGUGCCCCAGCAAGGGAUCAUUUUCCAGCUUCGUUGUUUCGAGUGA